AUGCCUUCCAACGAGUCAUUCUCAGUUCCCAACGGUGACGCUCAUGUUCAUAAUGACUGGGCCAUCCACCCGUCUCGAUUUGCCUUUACUCCCCAAAGGAUGAGGGUUGUCUGCAUCGGCGCGGGCUUUUCAGGGCUGAUCCUAGCACAUAAGCUUAAACAUGAGAGACCUAUGGAGUUUGUAGAUCUGACAAUCUAUGAGAAGAACACGGACGUUGGAGGUACCUGGUUUGAGAACGUCUAUCAGGGGGUUGGGUGUGACAUUCCAUCCCAUAGCUACAUCUUCCCCUUUGAGCCGAAUCCCUCCUGGUCCAAAUUCUAUGUCAAUGGACCGGAGAUUCAGCAGUACAUCUUAAACACAACGAAGAAGUAUGGGUUAAGGGAGAUGAUCAUUUUCAAUACCAAGCUUGUCCACGCCAGUUGGAGUGAGAAAGACGGGAAGUGGAAACUCAGGCUGGAGCAGAAUGGUUCCAUUAUCAACGAUGAAGCUGAUGUUGUGCUGGAUGCCAGCGGUAUCCUAAAUCAAUGGAAAUGGCCCGAUAUUGAAGGUCUACACUCCUUUGGAGGCAAGCUUGUGCAUACUGCUCGAUGGGACCCGGACUACGACUGGACGGAUAAGAAAAUCGCUGUCAUCGGAAACGGCUCUUCUGCCCUCCAGGUUGUUCCAGCUUUGCAACCCAAGGCUGCGAGAAUAGUCAACUACAUCCGUCACGCGACUUGGGUGUCCACGAAUCUUUGCGGCAAUCUUACCAAAGAUGGCAUGGGAACUAACUUUGAAUUCACAGAGGAGGAAAAGCAGCGAGUCAACACUGUAUUCCGACUGAUGCUCUCCGACUCUGAGGACAACAAAUUCCUCCUCAAUCUGGUGGAUGGCGCCAUGCGGGCCCGACUGUCAAAAAGCUCAGAACUUGCUGAAAAGCUCAUCCCAAAAUACGAGAUUGGUUGCCGCCGUCUAAGUCCGGGCGACGGCUACCUUGAAGCCUUACAAGCCGACAAUGCCGAUAUAUGCUUCAGCGGUAUCCAACGCAUCACUGGGACCGGGAUAGAGACGGAGGCUGGCGUCGAAGAAUUCGACCUCAUCGUCUGCGCUACAGGCUUCAACACCACCUUCAUUCCCGCCUGGGAGCUCGUAGGCCGCGAGGGCCGGCGGUUGAGCGAAGAAUGGAAAGAGAAGCCGGAAGCAUACUUUUCCGUCUGCGCGGCUGGAUACCCCAAUUACUUUAUGUUUGCGGGACCGAACUGCCCUAUCGGGCACGGUUCAGUGCCGCAGAUGCUGUCUUGGACAGCAGAUUAUAUGCUGGACUGGGUUGCGAAGAUGGCCACGGAGGACAUCAAAUCGGUUGCAGUGAGGGACUCAGUAGUCCGCGACUAUAAUACCUUUGCCCAGGAGAACCUUAAGCGUGCGGUCUGGUCGAAGGGCUGCCAUGCCUGGUACAGCAAGAAGAACAAGGGAGAUAGCAACACUGUCACAGCGAUGUACCCAGGGAGUGUCUUGCAUUUUAAGGCUUUCAUGCGCAAUAUCCGCGGCGAACACUUUGAUAUUAGAUAUAACACGACUAACCCGUUCCGCUACCUGGGCAAUGGAGAGCUGGCUUUCGAACGGGCCGAGGGUGCGGAUCUCGCGUUUUAUCUCAAGUAG